UCUGCAAUCAUGUCUAUAAUGAGUAAAGAAGAUUCUUCCGUUACUACGAGCAAGAAAAAAGGGAAAAAAGCUGUUUAUAUUUAUCGCUUUCUUGAUAAGAUGGAUGAAGAAGACGUUACUCUUGAUGAUGUUUUUAAUGGAUUGUCUCUAUCUUUUGUGGAAAUAACAGAAAGGCGACAAUAUAAUCUUCAUUUGAUGCGUUGUCUCACUGAUCAAUUUGCUAAAGGUGUUGCUAAAAACACUCUGGUUUCGUUCCAAACGUUUAAAAUGGCAGUCAAAGCUUUGGAGACUGCACGUAAAACUACUGAUAUUCGCACUAUGCCAGCUUUUUGGCCCUAUUUCCGUCAACUUUUUAUCCAUGUCAAACCUGAACACUUGAAUGAGGCAAUUGAGCAUUUUAUUAGUAAUAAAGAACUUUUGGAUACUGGGAGGUUGAGUCAAAAAAUAAAGACGAUGGUGGAUUCUUACAUAGGUUUUACUGAAGAAUUUAAAAACGUUCAGCAUUUCAUUAUUUAUGGGAAUAUUUUCGAUUUUGAUAAUGAUGUACUUGAAAAAUGUCGACAACUUUCUUUUUGCUUAAUGCUAAAUCCGAAAAAAGGAAUUAAGGCACUGACUAUUGCUGCUAUGAGAAGUGAUGAGGCACGUGAAAAUCUUAUUAAGUUCUUCCAUAUUGUGCCAGCCUUUCUUAAACAUAAAAUUCAAUACAACAAAACGCAGGAGCCAUUAGCAGUUGGUUUAAUUCGACAGAUUCUUGAAAAUGAAAUCUCAAUUAUGCUUAUGCAAGAAAAAGUUGAGUUUCUUGAACGCCUCAUUAAAGGGAUUAUCAAUGAAUCUAUUUUGGGAGAGAAUAAAGUAAGUCCACCGAUAUUGGAAAUUGAUGUUUUUGCCAAUUUACUUUUACCAACAGAAGAUAAUACAAUUAAAUUGAAAGCCCAAUAUGGAUGUUUUCUUAAAUAUCGUGAUCAUUAAUUAGACUCUUGUUUGAAUUUUUUGAAUUUAUUUUGAAUAUAUUUGGCAUUAUUUUGGUUUAUAAAAUAUUGGAGUGAAUUCGAGGUUUUAUUUUUUUAAUAAAUUUUUUAUACGUAGGAUUUUUAUAUGUAGGUAAGAGUCCUUUAAAUCAAAAUUUUUUUAAAUAUUUUUUUAAAAUAUUUCUCCAAAAAAUUUAUUUUUAAAAUUAUUUUUAGUAUCUCUUUUGCAUUUUUUAAAAAAGCCAUCAAAAUCAAUAUAUAAAUAAACUUUUAAAAAUAAAACAAAUGCAUAUUUUUGUUUUAUUUGAUCUGAUAUUUUAUAAAAAUAAAUAUUUUUAGCAAAAAUAUUAGUUACAUUUCCUUUUUUUCUCUCAAAUCAUUUUUGUCUUCUGCUUCUUCCCCCUCAUUCCUCUCCUCUCAUUUUUUGAUGUCAGCCACAAAAUUUGUCUUUCAAAAAAAUAAUUUCUUUUUUAGGGUCAAGUUUCGAAAGUGUGUCUUCUUUAUUCACUCUAAAAUUAAUAUUCUUUUUCUCUUUUAUUUUUCUGCUAAAAAAUCUUUUAAAUUAUUUAUUUUUUUGAGUGUUAAAAAUUAUCUUUCUAUUCAUAAAUCCAUUUUCUGGAAGGGAAAAUUUUUUUUUUUGUUUUUUGUUCUUCCCCUACUUUUUUUACUAAUUUUUUAUAGACUUAAUUUCCUUGAAAAUUUUAUUUUUUUCUUUAAUCCAAUUUCUUU